CAGUCAUAAGCACUGAGCGUCCACUGAUCACUUCCUGGUUGGAGCCUGUGGUACCAUCCAGUUGGUCUGGUUAUCUUAUAGCCUCAUCUAAAACAGUACUUGAUUCCUGAAUGACCCACCAAGGAUGGAAAAGGAAAGCAGUGAGAUUAUGAAACAAAUAUUAAACUUCACGCUGGAGAUCAUCUACCUGUUAACCGGAGAGGAUUACAUAACAGUGAAAAAGAUAUCUAGUGACUGUGUGACCCCUGGCAGCCAUCCUUCUGUGUCAGGAGAAUGUAGCAGGAUCCAAAGCGCCACCAUGGAUGCUCCAUCUCACUCACUGAUACCUGGGAGAAACCAUGAGCAGAAGAUCCUAGACCUCACCAAGAAGAUCACUGAGCUGCUGACUGGAGAGGUUCCUAUAAGGUGUCAGGAUGUCACUGUCCAUUUCUCCAUGGAGGAGUGGGAGUAUUUAGAAGGACACAAGGAUCUCUACAAGGAUGUCAUGGUGCAGGACCACCAGCCAGUUACAUCCCUGAAUAUGGAUGGAUCCAGUUGGAUAAAUCCACCAGAGAGAUGUCCCAGUCCUCUGCAUUCCUGGGAUUGGUCAGAGAAAGAUGACACUGUGCCACAAGAUUAUCAGGGUGAAGUGCUGACUAAUAUCAAACUGGAGGUUAAAUCUGAUGACGAGACACAUGACGAUCAGCGGUGUAAGGAGGAGGAAAUUCCUGUAGAUGUUAGCACAGAUAAUCCUAAUACGAGAUUGGGGGAAAUCUUCCUUGUAACUCAAAAUUACGAAGAAGAAGAUAUCAUGCAACAUUCUUCAGCUGAAAAUCUCAUUACCUUUAACGUAUACCCAGGACUACACAGUACAGACCGACCCUUUAAUCCUGCUUAUAAUAUAGAACCUUCUUCGAAUCAAUUACAGAUUGUUACAACAAGUACAGAUCACAGAGGGGGUAAAAUGUUUCAGUGUGGUGAAUGUGGAAAACAGUUUACAAAAAAUGCUAAUCUUUUUAUACACAGGAGAACUCACACAGGGGAGAAGCCAUUUUCCUGCUCAGAAUGUGGAAAAUCUUUUCAUAGAAAAUUCUUUCUGUCUAGACAUAAAAUAAUUCACACAGGGGAGAAACGAUUUCAGUGUUCUGAAUGUGGGAAACGUUUUAUUACUAAAGACAGUCUCAAGGAUCAUCUAAGAAUCCACACAGGGGAGAAGCCAUAUUCAUGUUCACAAUGUGGUAGAUGUUUUACCCAGAGAUCAAGUCUUGCUGAACAUAAAAGAACUCACACAGGAGAAACUACUCUUGUUCAGAAUGUGGAAAAUGUUUUCACAAAAAAUUAUUUCUUUCUAGACACAAAAUAAUUCACACAGGUAAGAAGCAGUUUCUGUGUUCUGAAUGUGGGAAACAUUUUAUUACUAAAGGCAAUCUUAAGGCUCAUCUAAGAAAACACACAAGCGAGAACCUAUAUUCAUGUCCAGAAUGUGGAAGAUAUUUUACCCAGAAGCUUUCUCUUAUUAAACAUAAGAUAAUACACACAGUGGAGAAGCUAUAUUCAUGUACUGAAUGUGGGAAAUGCUUUACCCAGAGACCAGGUCUUGUUGAGUAUCAAAGAGCUCACACAAGGUUAAAGCCAUUUUCUUGUCUAGAAUGUGGAAAAUGUUUUAUUACUAGGAAAAAAUCUAAUUGUCAUCAGAGAAGCCACACAGAGUGGAGUCCAUUUCCAAGCUUUGAAUGGGCGAAAUGUUUCAUGCAGACAUCAGAAAAUUUACACAGGGGAGAAGCCAUUUUCGUGUAUUGAAUGUGAGAAAUGUUUUAUUACUAAUAGUUUUAAACUCAAGAAUCAUCAGAGAAUUCAUUCAGGGGACAAACCAUUUUUCUGUUAUGAAUGCGAUAAGUGCUUUGCCCAGAAAACAAGUCUUAUUAAACAUCAUGAGAACUCACAGGAGAGAAGCUGUAUUCAUGUUCAGAAUGUGAGAAAUGUUUUACCUGAAAAUCUAAUUUUGUUAUCAUGAGAAAAGUCACACAUGUGAUAAAUCAUAGCUACAGUUGUAAUACGAGGAACAAUUUUAAAAGCAAAUCAAGACUUAAGAUUAUUAACAUACAUUUAACAGCCAAUAACAGUAUUCACUGUUUGGUAAAAUUGACCUGAAUCUGCCAAAGCCCAGAUAUUAACUACAUGGUGUCAACUGUUGUUGAGAGUCAAGUAGAAUAGUUUUGAAUCCAAGGAAACUGAAAAAGAGCCUUGUUGUCUUUCAAGGUAGUGACGUUAAAGAGAACUUGUCACCACAAAAUGCAAUGCAAUCUGCAGGCAGCAUGUUAUAGAGCAGGAGGAGCUGAGCAGAUUGAUAUAUAUUUUUGUGGGAAAAGAUUACGCAAAACUUGUCAUUUAUACAUUUAUAUAUCUGCUUUUACUAACUUAAGACCACCCCCACGAACAUCUCUCAGAACAUGGAGGUGGUGUUAUCAGUGAUUGAUAGCAUUCUCUGUAUGUGUUUAUACACAGCUAUCAGUCAGUGAUAACAUCUCCCCGUGUACAGCUGUUCAAGGGGGUGGUCUUAAAGCGUACCUGAGUUUUCUAAAAAAAAGUUUUCAU